AUGUCACUCGAGGACGUACACGACUUGCUUUUGCAAGCCCCACUCUCACAGGUCAACUCUGUCUUGGCAGACCUACGCGGCCUCGUCUCCUCUGGCGGCUCUUCCUCUCGUCUAGGCCGCGAUUUUGAGGAAUCACUCCCAGGAGCUCUACGACAACUCCAUGAGGAUCAGGGCAAAGUUGUCCGUCUACCAGGACUAGAGGCGGGCAGUAUCCUGACAAAGGAGGCUCGCUCACACGACAAAGACGCCGAGUAUCGCGACGAGGCGCAGAGUAAAGUCUUCUCCUACGACCACGCAGCAGACAAGGUAGCUUCUAGCGAGACGUAUCGUGCAGUGUCAUCAUCGGACAAUGAGCUCAAGACGGAGCUAGAGAGACAGCUAGGAGCGUACUUGCGAGACCACUACCCAGACUUGGAUCCUCAGCGCACCAAUGAAGGAGCAUGCGGGUCUGUCCUCAGCCUGCCUACGACACGCAUUCAGCGACGAGGAGGGCGUCAAGAGGCCAAGGGCAAGACCAACGUUGAGCAGGGUGCUGCAAACGAGGAAGAGGUGGAGCAGACGCCACAAGAGACGGCAAUGGCAGAAAAGGCGACAGAGGAUGAAAAGGAGGAGCAGAAAGCAAUGGGAGAAAAGGCCGUACGCGUCGUCGACGAGGACGACGACGAGGACGAUGAGGGCGAGCUGGUAGAGCUGAUUGCCGACGCAGACGCCUCCUCCCCACCCUCGCACAUCAUCACCAUUGUCUCGGGCAAGAGCAACGCCAAGAACUUCUGGUCCGGUCGCCUCCUCUCCACGUACCACUGUCAUGCAGACGUAAUUGAGGCGCACACGAAGCUGCAGAUCCACUACUACGAGAAUGGAAACGUCCAGCUGAACGCAGAGGUGCCUGCCAUUAUCCCACUCAACACGAGCGCCGCGCAAGCAUCGGCGUCACCUGCUGCUCAGGCGAAAGCCAUCAUCUCGGCCAUUGGGAAACACGAGCAACACCUCCAGGAGACGCAGCUGGAACGCGAUGUGUACGAGGGAUUGAAUGAACGAGCAUUCAAGGGAUUGAGGAGGCAGUUGCCCGUGACGAGGCAGAAGGUAGAUUGGGACAAGGUGACCAACUAUAGGCUUGGGCAGGACUUGGCGGAUCACAACGAGGGUGCGGCGGCGUGAGAAGAGCGCGCGCGCGUGCGUGUAUGUGCACUCGUGGAGGCCAAAGCAAUGCCAGCCCGACAUGUAAUGACAUUUGUUGAUGAGCAGUGACUGUCAUGCCGCUGCCGCUGAUG